AUGCCCGCCCCUGAGCUUGCCCUACCAGAAUCCGAUGAAGAAUCACCUCGUGCUGGCCUGCUAAGCCCCUGGCGCCCUCCGCGCUCUUCCCUAUCCACCGGCCGAAGCUCUCCUUAUGUACCCAGUCGGUCGGCGGCAUGGCGAGACGAAGCAAUAAACACCGCUGAGAAAUUUCAGCGUCGCUUUCUAAAGAUCUGGUCCAAGUUGACCCCCUUACAACGUGUAUUAGCGGUCACAGCACUGGUCAUCCUGAAUGUUGUCUUUAUACUGUUUCUCGUUUUCAAUGAAAAGAUCUUCGGCUGGCUCGAGCCCUACGCUGAACGCUGGAAACACACCACUGGAGGGUGGACCAUCCUGUGGGCUAUCACCUUUACAACCGCCUUUCCACCUCUUAUUGGUUAUUCCACCUGUGCCACCAUCGCAGGUUUCGUCUAUGGAGUGUGGGAGGGUUGGCUCAUCCUUGCUACUGCCACUGUCGCAGGCUCAUUUUGUUCCUUCGUGCUUUCGAGAACAGUUUUGCGGAAAUGGGUUGAGCGCUUGAUCGCCAACGACAAACGCUUUGCCGCUUUCACCCUCAUUCUCAAGCACGACGGGAUCAAACUAUUGUGUAUGAUCCGCCUGUGUCCUCUUCCGUAUUCUCUCAGUAACGGCGCCAUGUCCACCUUUCCCACCGUUCACCCAGCCAGCUACGCCUUAGCUACCGCCAUCGUCACCCCCAAGCUCUUCAUCCCAGCCUUCAUCGGCAGCCGUCUCGCCGUGAUUGCUCGCACUAGUGAGAAGAUGACACUCCAGGACCGUGUUGUGAACUACUCCAGCAUCGCAAUUGGAGCUGUCGUCGGAGCCUUCACUGGCUGGUAUAUCUAUCAAAAGACAAUGGCGCGCGCGAAAGAGCUUGAAGCCGAGGAAGCCGGCAGUAUCCAUGACUCCACCCGCCGCACAGGUCAUAUCCCACGCCGCUUCAGCGACGACCCGGAAGCCCAAGCUGCCGCCGAGACAAUCGCGCGUGACGACGAUGACGCACCCGACUAUUUCGACGUCUCCCCUGGCGAGGAGAGGUCGGAGCCACGCUAUCAUGACGAACCCACGGAUGACGAAGACGUAUUCGGAGUAGGAGACGGCGACGAUCCACUGGUCACGGCUAACAUCAGCCUGCAUCAGCAGAAAAGAUAG